AUGACCUCUUUUCCAUGCCUCCAUUUCACCCAUCGCAUGCAAGCCUACUCCAGCUUUUCUCACCAAGAGAAGCUCUUCGCCGGCUGCCAAGCCUGGUUCGUCGAAGCGCGCGCGAACGGCUUCAGUGCCAGACUUGGUGCCUUCAACCGCUUCUACGUCGUCCCUGCCAAGCUCCGUGUCCGCGUCGGGACCGAGAUGCCUUCGGGCAAUUCACUCUCUAGCCCUUUCCUUCCCUCCCCUUACAACACCGCCGAAGUCGGGCCCAAAGUGACCAAGGGCAAGAGCAAGCAAAAGAAGGUGUGCCUGCCUCCAAUGCCUGCGCCCACCAUCAUACUCUCCGCGAAGGCGCCGGAGCUGCCCACCGAAGCCCCCACCGCAUCUGACGUGACGCUGCCCGCCGCCGCUAGCACGAUUGCUGACGCCCCUGUCAUAAGCCUCGAGGACAGGAGCGCGACUCUCGCUCCGAUCGAGGACACUAGCGCGGUUCUCGCGACGAGCACUGCCACUCCCACGCCAGCCGAGAACGUCGAAGCUCCCCCGCCAGUUGUGGUACCCGAUCCGAGUCGAGGUAGCGCCACCGGAAACGAGCGGCGCGUGUUCGUGGAGCUGGGCGGAUCGUUGAUCGUGCCAUGGUCGUCCGCGAGCUCGACGUCUUCCACGGCUUGUCGAGCGAAUCUUCCACCGGGCGCAGCGGCACAGGUGGAGACGGACUCGGCGCCCACUUGCCCGUCUGACGAAUCGGGCUCGAACCACAUGCAAUUAAUUCCUGAUCACAAUGCGCCGCAGCCUCGGCAGCUCCAGAAGCACCGCAAAACUCGUAGGAGCGAUAGUACAGUCAACAAACUCGACGCGCUCUACAUUAAGCAGCUGCGCGUGGUCGUCGACGAUGUGAAAGGCUUUCUCCUGAGGAUAUCCAACGAACACGCCGCGCUUGACGCGUCUCGCCGUAUCAACAGUCACGGAGUCUCCAGCGUCGAUCGCACGCGUCCACUUGCUAAGCGCCAGUGCCGUCACCGAACCCGGUGCAUGCCUCGGAGACUGUAA